GCCUCCUAAGCCAGGGAUUGUGGGUUCGAGUCCCAUCUGGGGUGGUCGUUUUUACGUUGGAGAAAAAGAAACUGUUUCACGGAUUAUAAUAAUGAUUGAUUGACUAACAGAUGUUUCAAUCAACAUUAACGCCAAACGAAAGACAGCGUUUAAUCGGCUUCUGCGAAGUCGCACUUCUUCGCCGUCGCUCUCAACAGAACUAACCACAAUAACAAUUAUUUGCUGAAAUACAUGAAAGACAGACUCGCAGGGGGAUAUCAACUGACAUGGAGAAGCAGAGCCUAACACUGUGCGUACUGCUGAGCACUCUGGCUGCAUCAGUGCAAACUUACCAGCUCCAAGAGGCCACUGUGUACUGGGAUGCUGCCCAGAAGAGUGUGAUCCUGAAGGAGGAGGUGAUGGAGACAGAUGGGGGAGCCUACGGUUACUUCAACGAUUCUCUGCUCCUCUCUGGAUGGGGUGUCUUGGAAAUCUGCGCAGGUUAUGGGGGAAUCACACAGGAAGACGAGACCACCUUCUUCCUGGCUGGGUACCUUGAAGGUUACCUCACUGCUGGACAGAUGUUUAAUCACUACUCCAACAUGUACCCUCAGCUGAUAAAGGAUCAGAAGGUUUUGAAUCCCCUGAAAAAGUUUUUGAGCAAACAGGACCAGUGGGCCAAGGAGCAGGUGAAACUGAGGAGAAACAGCGACCCCCUGUGGAAGCAUCUGGGACUGAUCCUGGCCCAGCUGGACGGACUCCACGCCGGAGCUGCACAGUGGGCCAAAAGCAAACACAGAGAGCCUCUGUCAGCGUUUGCAGUCCAGUUUCUGAACGGCGUCGGUGACCUCCUGGACCUCGUCCCAGCCCUGACACCUCGCUCCAACUUCUCCACAGGGACCGGCACUUUCAGGAUGCCAGGAAUGGGCCACUGCACUGCUCUCAUAAAGGUGCUGCCAGGCUUUGAGAACCUGCUGUUUGGCCACUCUAGCUGGUACACUUAUGCAGCCACCAUGCGCAUCUAUAAACACUGGGACUUCAGGGUGUUUGACACACACGCCGCCACUGGAAAGAUGUCGUUCAGCAGCUACCCUGGCUUCCUCAUGUCUCUGGAUGACUUCUACCUGCUUGGGAGUGGCCUGCUGAUGACUCAGACCUCCAUCGGUGUCUUCAAUACCUCUCUGUUCUCCCAGCUCAGCCCUCACAGCCUGCUGGCCUGGCACAGAGUCCGCCUGGCCAACAGUAUGGCGCACAGCGGAGAGGAGUGGGCGCACGUUUUCUCCAGAUACAACUCAGGUACAUAUAACAGCCAGUACAUGGUGGUGGACCUGAGCAGGGUCUCUCUGGGUCACAGCAUCAGGGAUGGAGCUCUAACCGUGGUGGAGCAGAUUCCUGGGAAGGUGAUGCACUCUGAUCAGACUCCAGCUUUACGCAGAGGUUAUUGGCCGUCCUACAACAUACCGUUUCAUGUUGACAUCUACAACCUGACUGGGUACGAUGUGAUGUGGAAGAGAUACGGAGUAGACUUUUCCUAUGACCUCUGUCCCCGAGCUAAAAUCCUCCGCAGGGACCAGGCCAGGGUCUCUAACCUCAACUCCCUCAAACACAUCAUGAGAUACAACAACUACAGGAGAGACCCCUACUCCAAGGGCCAUCCGUGUAAAACCAUCUGUUGCCGUAACGACCUGAGACCAAGGAGACCACACGCGGGAGGUUGCUAUGACACUAAGGUGACCGAUUACCAGAUGGCUCUGCAGCUGGUCGCAGAGGCAAUAAACGGCCCCACGACGCAAGGGGGUCUGCGGCCGUUCUCAUGGCAACCCUUCAACCUCACGGCUCAUCGGGGUCUCCCGCACACCUACAACUUUCCCUUCGUCACCAUGAGGCCCGCACUACGCCGACCCUGAGAGCACAGAGAUGGGAGGUACCAUCCUAAAACGUUCUGAACAUCCUGGUCUGUAUGUGAUAACUGGGCUCAGUUUAAAAUACUGGCAAUAUAUAAUCCAUAUGUCCCACUAAUUAACUAACAGUGUGGUGGUGUGAGUUCAUUUUGGAACAAAGGAUAGUUGAGACUGAAUAAUUGACAGCUAGCUAGUUGCUAGCUAGAACAUUUUCUGUUCAAUAAAUGUCAAUAAUUGUUGUGAAUAUUAUACUUUUCUAAUGAUCAAUGAAAGUGUUAUUUUGACAUGUAAGCUAGACUGACAUUUCUCUAACACAUUACUGUGCACAAAAAUACAUAUAAACCUCCCGGUGUGGCGCAACAAAAAAUAAAUAAAUAAAAAAAUUGCAUAAGCCUCACCUCUGCUGCUACAACUCCAGUGUAAGGGAAACACUGUAAACUAUUUACUAAUCCAUUAGUACAUGCAUUGGUUGUUUGUACUGAACACAAGCCAUUAGAUGUUCCUGUUGUGACCACUAUUGCGCUCCUCUUUCAGUGUACAUCCGAGAGUGGCAGCAUCAUGCCAGUGUACACUGAAUUAACAUGAGGAUUAUGGAUUUAUCAACAGACUGUUUAAAAGUUUGUUCCACAAAGUUUUGGAUGGUUGCCAUCAGGGAAAUGUCCUUAAUGUUUUAUUUAUAUAUUAAGAUAAUAAUUUAUUUGUGUUGUUAUUUUGUUUAAAGUUCUAUGCAAUGUUUACUCAGGUUUGCUCUGUGUGGAGCAACAUUUUCAGACUGAUUUUAUGUAAAUAUUAACGACAAUAAAAUCUU